CUGAUUAAAUGAUCUUUUGAAGGAUCUUCUCUGUGAUGAAAAGAUUUUUGCUGUGUCAUCGGGAUCUUUGUUCAACAAUAGUUUAUUAGACUGGGCAAGAUCAUACUUGGAGCAAGACUGUGCAAGAUCAUACUUGCAGCAAGACUGUGCAAGAUCAUACUUGGAUCCCUUAAACAAAAAGAUGUCGGAUCCAUACUCGUUACUGCAGUAAUAGCCUAGGGUUAUAUAAUACUGGGAAGUAAUAAAGCACGAUAACUUUAUACAAAGAAGAGAUACAUCUGGAUAUUUCAAUAAAAGAUAGAAAUAUUGUAAGAUAAUUUGAUACAGUAGAGAACAAAACAAAACACUUUCAUAAGAAAACUUAACGAUAAGAAUAGCGUGCCAAGAUAAAUUGUGUGGAGGAGUUUUUGGAGAUCGAGAACAAAAACUAUCAAAAUCCGACUUAGUGGUGAUUGGGGCUAGAAAGAUUCGAACCUAGUCUAGCGUUAAUCCUAACUAGAUCAAAAACUAAAAGUUCCGACAUAGCUGUGGUCACCGGAGCUAGGAGGAUUCGAACCUGGUCCAGCACUAACCCUAACUAGACCAAAACCUACAUAGAUCCGACAUAGCUGUGGUCACUGGAGCUAGAGGGAUUCGAACCUGGUCCAGCACUAACCCUAACCCCUUGCAAACGAGGCGGGCAUGUUGUCCGGUAUAGCCCAGUAUUGAGGUCAUGUUCAGGUCAAGUCAACAGAUACCUGCUGGACUUAACUGUAUGGACCUUCAGAUGGCCAGCAAGUCACCAAGUCACAAGACCUCCCCUAUGCCCGUGGGGUCCCCCCUGCUCUGUGAAGAGGGUCGGGCUUACAUCACCGACCCCACCACGGGGCGCCACAUCUGCAUGUGCAACCUGGGCGUCGGCCCCGACGUCCACUACCACCACUCCCAAAUGGGGGCGGACGCCCGGAAACACGUGACCCUCCCCGGAGGCUCCCCCUGUAUCGGUUUCGACGGCUCCCCCAUGUGUCCGCCAAUGAUUCGAGGACUGGCCAUUCGACCAGAGCGGAUGUCCUCUUACGUCAGCGCGGGCUUGUCAGGGCAGUCCAUAGCCCUGGAGCCGUCGUUUGUGUCACCCCACUACAGCUAUCUGUACCCUGGCCUGGACGUGAAUGGCCCAAUGAGGAAGGCGGCCACCAGAGAGACGACUGGGCCACUCAAGGCCUGGCUCAACGAGCACAAGAAAAAUCCUUACCCCACCAAGGCCGAGAAGAUCAUGUUGGCCAUCAUCACUAGGAUGACCUUGACCCAGGUGAGCACUUGGUUCGCCAACGCACGCCGGCGUCUGAAGAAAGAGAACAAGAUGUACCCGGGCGAGCGAGACUCCAGGGCUGACGAUGAUGAUGACGACGAUUUCAACGAUAACAAUCCGGACAACAGUCUGUCGUACAGCAUAGACCCGAGUAAGAAAGGGAACGAUGACAGCGACAAUGAAGAUAUCAACGUCGACGACUCGGACUGCACGGAGGAAGAUGGCGACUGCGACAGCAACCUUGACCCCAACAGCGUCCAGAUCUACCCCGCCCUGGGCGGCCAGCAUCCUCAGAACAAACUCUGGUCGUACGAACAGCAUCCGGGGUUCCCGACUGAUCUGCGCAUGCGUGGGUUUGAACCCCAGCCAGGCGCAGGUACCAUAGAGAGACGCCCUGAGAAAACGGGACCAGAUGUCGCCGCGACAAACGAGCGCCCAGGAGCAACAACCAACGUUGAGACUUCCGGUUCAGACAGCCAAUCCGGCAGCAGUUCUAAAACUACAGAAAGCCAAUCCGGCAACAGCUCUAAAACCAAACCCAAAAUCUGGUCCAUCUCGGAGAUUAUCCGGCCAACAUCCCCAGCAGACCGGCACAAAUACAAAACAGCGGCGUCGCCCCCUUCGAGGAAACACCCCAGCCUCCCGCCGCCCCACCUCACCAAAACACCCCCGGGUAUCAACGGGUCGUGUUUUUUAACCUUCCCAAAUUUUCAGUCUCCCGUGACGUCCGCGCCUUUUCAGCAAUUUCCGUUUCUUCCCCACUCGUCGGUCGCGCAUCCGUAUCUCACAGAGUCGAAGUUAGUAAACGUCUCGAAAACAUCACCCUGGGCUCAGAACAACUGUGCUGAAGAACAUUCUGGAACUUCGAGUGAAUCAAACUUAAAAAACACAAACGGUAUCGAUAACGGAAGAAGAAAUGUAUUCGAUACUUGUGGAAAUCAGAAGAUCUCACCCGAAGGGAAUCGAUUCCAGGAAAGUGCUCAUUUCGAUGACGAUUCCAUACGAGGUAAAAGAGUUCUUCCUUCUUUGACGGACUCUCCGCCGAGCAAAAUGGCGAGAGUGACUUCCGGUCGAGGUUUUGAGGUUCUGUCUGGGAUGGGUAGACAGUCGAGCAGUCUUGGCUUCUCUGGUCAGUUAAUUAGUCAUGGGUCAUCUGGUCAGUUAAUUAGCCAUGUGUCCAAUGAUCGGCUAAUUAGCAAUAGGUCAACGGAUCGACUUAAUAUUCAUGGGUCAUCUGAUCGACUAAAUAGUCACGGACCAACUGAUCGACUAAAUACCCAUGGCCCAUCUGAUCGACUAAAUAGUCAUGGCCCAUCUGAUCGACUAAACACCCAUGGACCAACUGAUCGACUAAAUAAUCACGGACCAACUGAUCAACUAAAUAGCCAUGGGCCAACUGAUCGACUAAAUAGUCAUGGCCCAUCUGAUCGACUAAAUACCCAUGGCCCAUCUGAUCGACUAAAUAGCCACGGGCCAAAUAGCCACGGACCAAAUAGCCACGGACCAAAUAGCCACGGACCAAAUAGCCACGGGUCAUCUAACCGCCCACGCAGCCAUGGGUCAUCCGGUCCAUCUCCUGGACAUUUCGACCAGCCAAAGAGACGAAGCUCUACAGAGGUUUUGGCUGACUCGGUCUGCUCCGCCCACACGCCCACCAACCCGGGCAGUAAGGGAGAUCACUCGCCUGUCAACCCACACCAUAGAGGAGAUAAUUCGUCCGCUGACGGUUACAAUAGGGGACAUCACUCACCUGGUGACUCGGGCAGUAAGGGAGACCACUCGCCCGUAAGCUUGUACAAUAAGGGAGAUCACUCACCAUUAUUGUACAAUAAGGGAGAUCACUCACCCGUAAGCUUGUACAAUAAGGGAGACCACUCGCCCGCAGACUCCCUUUCAGAUCAACCCGGAAGUCAACCAACGGAGGAAACGCCAACGGCCUUGAACUUGCAGCUCACCACGUGACUUUAGCGCUUGACGUUGUUCUUGUACAUGUACUUUGACAGCAUCUGUGUACGCAACUAUAAAGAGACUCGCGUACAUUUAUUCAGUGGUGGUGUACUCAAGUACGCAUUGGGAAAUACGCAUUGCUCCAAUGAACAGUGCCCCGAGUUUACAUACAGUGCCCUUUGUAUCAUAGACUGUGUCCCAGGUUACAUAGACAGUGCCCCUUUGCAACA